AUGAAAGAUCUGCAGGACGGAUUCCGUCUAGAGACGCAUGCCGGAAGGUUCCCCAUCUCAAAAGGGGAGCUGAUCGCGAAGAUCGCAGACAAGGAGGGCAUCCUCUGCAUGCCCUACGAUACCAUAGACAGGGAGGUGAUCGAGGCAGCAGCAGACCUCCGGGCGAUCAGCACGUACAGCGUGGGAUAUGAGCACAUAGACUUGCAGUGCACAAAGAGCAGGGGCAUACUGGUAGGGUACACGCCGGAUGUCUUGACCCGCGCCACGGCGGAUCUUGCGUUUGCGCUGAUGCUAGACGUGAUGCGGAGGGUCAGCGAGGGAGACAGGCUGAUACGAUCCGGCGGAUGGCAGCAGGUGUUUGGGCCCUGCGACUUUCUGGGUACGGAUCUGGAGACAAAGACUGUGGGCAUCCUAGGGCCAGGAAGGAUUGGGUUGUCCUUUGCGGAAAAGGCGCAGGCGUUUGGCAUGAAGGUGGUAUACCACGGGAACGGCAGGCUGUCGGAGCGGCAGGAGAGGCAGGCCGGGAUAGAGCAUGUCUCCCUGAAUCAGCUCUUUUCGGAGAGCGACAUCGUAUCACUGCACAUUCCCCACACCAAGCGAACCCACGAUAUGGUAAAUCGAAGCCUCCUGGCGAAGAUGAAACGUGGCGCAUUUAUCGUAAAUACGUCCAGAGGCAGGGUAAUCAACCAGAAGGAUCUGGUGCUGGCCCUCCAGAACGGGGAUCUCGCCGGCGCGGCGCUAGAUGUAUUUUAUGACGAGCCGCUAGGAGCAGACAGCCCGCUGGCAAAGAUGGAGAAUGUGGUGCUGACGCCGCACAUGGGUUCCUCCACCAAGGAGACUAGGGAGAACAUGGCGCGUCUGGCGGUCCUCAAUCUCAAGAUGGCAAUGGCCGGCAGGAGGCCCAAGUGCGCCGUAUAG